CUAAGAAAGAGAGCUCCCCAGUCUCUCCUGAGGCAAAAGAAAAGAAGAUGAUGAUAAUAUAGUAAAUCUACUCUUGAAUGAUUAUACAAAUCAGAUUUAGUUAAGCUCGUAAAUAAAUGGAAGAAGCAUUGUUAGGGGAAAGUUUGAGGGGACGAAGAUGGGAUGUGUUUGUGGAAGAGUUGAAGAAAGUGAGCUAUAUAGCAAUACCCAUGGUGGUGGUUACUGUAUCACAGCACCUUUUGAGGGUUGUGUCUAUGAUGAUGAUUGGCCAUCUCAGUGAACUCUCCCUUUCUGGGGCUGCUAUUGCUACCUCUCUUACCAAUGUUACUGGCUUCAGUCUACUUUUUGGAAUGUCUAGUGCUUUAGAGACUCUCUGUGGACAAGCUUAUGGAGCUGAAGAGUACCGGAAGCUAGGAAUCUACACGAAUGGGGCAAUUAUAUCUCUCCUUGUGGUUUGCAUACCGAUAUCUGUUCUGUGGCUUUUUGUGGACAAAUUUCUUAUACUCAUAGGUCAAGACCCUCUUAUUUCCAAAGAAGCAGGCAAAUAUUCAAGUUGGCUCAUUGCUACUUUAUUUCCAUAUGCUAUUCUACAAGCAUUGAUCCGGUACUUGCAGACUCAAAGCUUGAUUCUUCCAAUGCUUAUGAGCUCAAUUGCAGCUCUUUGCUUUCACGUGCCUCUCUGUUGGGCGCUUGUAUUCAAGCUAAACUUGGGAAGCGGUGGAGCUGCAAUUGCAAUUGGAUUAUCUUAUUCGUUCAAUGUGCUCUUGCUUUGUUUAUAUGUCAAAUACUCUUCCUCUUCUGAAAAGACUCGUCUUUGUUUCACGAAAGAAGUUUUUCCUAGCACAAAGGAAUUCUUUCAUUUGGCUAUCCCUUCCGCUAGCAUGGUUUGUCUUGAAUGGUGGACAUCCGAGAUAGUGAUACUGCUGGCUGGUCUCUUGCCAAAACCUCAACUUGAAACGUCAGUGCUUUCAAUAUGCCUCUUAGUUUCUUCGCUUCAUUAUUUCAUACCAUUUUCCAUUGGUGCUGGUGUAAGCACUAGAAUUUCUAAUGAACUAGGUGCUGGGAAUCCUGAAGCAGCUAGAAUGUCUGUCUUGUCAGUAACUGUACUCGGAAUGGCAGAGGCCAUAGUUGCAAGUAUCGUUCUUCUUUGCUCCUGUCGCGUUCUGGGAUAUGCAUUCAGUAAUGAGAAGGAAGUAGUGUAUUAUCUCAGAGACAUGACUCCACUUCUUUGUCUCUUUAUUGCAACAGACUGCAUUCAGGCUGUACUUUCUGGCGUUGCAAGAGGAAGCGGAUGGCAGCAUUUGGGAGCCUAUGUCAAUCUUGGCUCAUACUAUCUGGUUGGGAUCCCAGUAGCCAUAUUGUUGGGUUUCUAUCUCCAUUUAAAAGGGAAGGGACUCUGGAUUGGACUAAAUGCAGGCUCAUUAGUACAAUCUCUUCUGUUUUCCCUUAUAACAUGUCUCACGGAUUGGCAAAAGCAGGCAUCAAUUGCUAGGGAAAGAAAUUUCAUUCAAAAGAGUGUGCGCGCUUACUGGCCAACUGAAAACACCAAAAUUUCUUAUUCUUAGCUUGAAUUCAAGAAGACAAAUUAUAUAACGAGGGUUGAUGAAGAGGUCCAUUGGGAUUCACAAAAAAUAUAUAUUUGAGAAAGUCUUUUUAUAUGAUCUUGAUCAUCUCAU